AUAUACGUUACUUUCUGAGUUGUGACACUUUUUAAAAAUCACACAAUCACUUUCCGAUAUCAAUUUUCCGAUUAUUUUAUCUUCCCAUCGUACUGUAACAACUCUUCGCGAUUUCUUAUUUUUGAGUUCCAAUGAACGGUAUUGCUCAGCCUGAUUUCAAAGAAUUCUUGAAGCUGCAUGAUGAUCAGCUCAGAGCAAGUGGAAUACCAAGCUGUUAUUGGCGUAAAUUACAUGAAAAGCUUUUACAUGAGAUUUAUGAUGCAGGCUCAUGUGUGAUGAUGCAGCAAAUUGAGUAUGCAAAUGAUGAAGAAUUUAAUAAUGAAGACUCGACUACUAACCGAGACUGGAAUAUUGUAGUUAGUAGUGAACAAAUGUUAGCAUCAGAUACUAAUAAUAUAUUUAUUGUUGAUCAUGCAUGGACUUUUGAUGUAGAGUUUAUGAAACAGGGCAUACUUCAACUUCCUAGUCUCCUUGAACGAAUGGCUGCCCUAAUGGAGAUAAGUACUGUAAAUCAACGAAAUGAAGAUAUUGCCUUGAAGAUUUGUGAAAAAACAUGGAAAUUUUGUCGACAUUACAAAUUAUCAGCACGACAGAACAUUGCCAUGUUGUCACAAGUACCUGAAUUGCAACACUUAAUGUGGUAUGUGCUAGAUGAGGUUGGUUCGCGUAUUCAGCAUUCGGAUGAACCGACAGCCCGUAUGGUACCGUUUUACUAUGUGCCACGUAACGUGUGUUAUUCUGUGUUCUGGCCUAUCAAAGACCUUCAGGAAGGUGAUAGUGUAACGAUCGAUUACAUAGAACAUAUAAAAGAUGCUAAAUUACGACCUUAUUAUCUGCUGCCCUGGCAACCAGCAGAUUUUUCUAGCCAACCUAUUGAACAUACGUAUAUACUAACAGAUGAGUUUUUCACUUCUCAUCGAGUGCAAGAAACACUACCUGUAUCCCAAGCUGUUGAACCAGUAAAACGUGAAUGCCUAUCUGUUUAUGCGGAUUUGGAGCAAGUUAGGAAGUAUUUAACUCAUUCACAGUUUACCUUUGUUGAUUCACCGGAUAAUGCUGAUAUUAUAUGGAUGCAUACACAUUUUAAAGAAUUUGAACGUUUAUCUAUAGACAGUCCAAAUUCAUAUAUUAACCAAUUCCCUGGUGAAAAUAUUCUUACUGUUAAAGAUCUACUGGCCAGUUUAGCAGCCAGUCUAGCGAAAGACGAAUGCGAACAUUUCUGUGAAUCGAAUGACGAUUGCAUAGAUAAAAAACUUUCCAUCGAUUGGUAUCCGGUUACAUUUAAUUUAGUCUAUGAACUCCCACAAUUCUGUGCUUAUUUUCAAUCGAAGUGUAAUGAAAUCGUCUCUAAUGAAGAAGAAGCUACAGACAAUGGUAAACACAAUCUAUGGAUAUUAAAACCGUGGAAUCUUGGUCGGGGUCUAGGAAUUGUUAUUACAGAUAAUCUAGACAGAAUCAUAAGGAUGUGUGAUACUAAUCCGAUGAUUGCUAGUCGAUAUAUUACGGAUCCUGUCCUGUUCUAUCGUGAUGACAUACAAGCCAAUGUCAAAUUUGAUAUUCGCUAUGUGGUGUUACUGCGUUCUGUCAAACCUUUGGUUUUGUAUACAUAUAAAAUAUUUUGGCUUCGAUUUGCCAAUAAAGCAUUCAUUUUGAGGGAUUUCGAUGCAUACGAUAUACAUUUCACAGUUAUGAAUUAUCGUGCUGCUGAUAAUUUAAAACAAAUACAUUGUGAUGAAUUUAUCGAGCUGUUUAACAAGCAAUAUCCAGAUUAUCAGUGGGCAAAUGUUGAGCAUAAAAUACACCAACUCUUGGUUGACAUUUUUCAAGGAGCAACAAAGUAUCCUGCUCCACGUGGUUUAACUCACAAUUACCAGUCACGAGCGUUAUAUGCAGUUGAUUUACUGUUGGAAUGGCGUGUAGAUACGACGUCAUCGAGGAAGAAAGACAUGUUCCCUGUAGUGUGUGAAGUGAAUUUUUCACCAGAUUGUGAAAGAGCUUGUCGCUACCAUCCAACCUUUUUCGAUGAUGUAUUUUCUUGCCUGUUUCUUGACCAACCACCUGAUUUGUGCAACAUGAAUAAAUUGACAUAGUUUUUAAACCCAUUACUGAACAAUUGUUUACGCUCAAUUGGUAUGUAUAGCUGCUUAUAUGUGAAAUCGUUUUUGAAAAUGUAUUUACACUAAAUAAACCUUCAAACCUGGCUUUCAUGAUUAUGCCGAAAUGUAUGCAUGCAGCUAUUCCUAAACUGCAUACCACAAUACGACUAAUAUUGUGCCUAAACUUUACCUUUUAAAAAUACUCAUAAUGAAUCACUUGCGAAAUAUAGAUGAAACAGUAUUCCAUUU